AUGAUAGCCUGGCCGACCUUGGCUCUUAUCCACGCCUGGACUUUCUGGAGAGCCAAAGUUACCCGAGACCCCAAUCGCAACCGACUUUGGUGUCUCAACUUCCCAGUGUACCUGGCGCGAUUUCUAGCCACCGAUCUAAGCUUAGAAGAUAUGUACUCCUGUGCAGGCAGCCUGGACCCGCUCGACCCCGAGCACAGCGAUAGCAAGGAGUGGAGAAGUAUCAUCGACACUAUGUGGGAUAAAAGCGGUAAUAAGAAAACCAAUCGUAAUAUCCUGCGCAAAGAUUGGAGUGAGCUCGAUAAGGAGAGUCGCGGCAGGACUUUGGUUCAGUUUCUCUGCGAGCACUGGAAUGAGUACAACGCCAUUCUAGACGGCUCGUAUGUGGUCCAACGACUCGGGUUCCCAUGGAGUGGAAACAAGCAGUAUAUGAAUCAGAUUGUCCGGGUGAUUUCGGUGCUGCAAAAGAGCCGGGGGGGAAACGAGGUCAAGUAUGAAGUUGGAGAAGUCCGACCUGGACGCCUGCGAGGGAACCAGGGGAGAUGGAAGGAUGAUUACUCCUCUCUCAACGAUGAGGCCUGGGUGCAUGCUAUAUCAUAUGGAGAUGAGUGGUGCAAAUCUGAACAAGGGGAAGAGAAGCAGGCUGCUGACAGGAUGGCAACAACACCCUUGAACAGCAAAACGAGAUCCCCGAGCUUUUCAACCCGGCGAGCAAAACGACCACUUGGAGGGAUGUUUGUCCCUCAAGCAGUAGGGGAGGGCAUGCUACGUGAUCUGCAGGGAAUGGAUUCAUCGACCAAGUUACGGGCACCGAAUGAGCUAGUCACUGUGUCCACAGCACGUUUUUCAACGGCAACCAGACCCGUAUGCCUCCAAGACGACCAACGCAGCUUCAUCACCACCACAACAGUCAUAGUGGACGGGUCCGAUGCAAGAUGCUAUAAGGCAAAGGCUGAUAGCCAUCUGGACCUCUUCCUGGAGCGGUUGGAUACCGGAGCGCUUGCAUUUCCAGGAGAUCUGACCGUCCAGGAGGGGGGCCAGCUGGCGCUCGACGACUCGGACGAAAUUCUCCAGUUUAUGCGAGCUUGUUUCCCCAGUGCUGCAGGUAACAAUUCCACGCGCGCUACUCUAUCUGCCUCUAUGGGUGGUAGCCAGGCAGAGAUAUCUGCGUUCACAGCCCAGAUCCACCUGCCGCUUACAAACAGCGACAGUUUGAUGGCUCUCACAUUCGGCACGCAGCAUAAUGAGGCAACCUUGCAGCGCAAGGAUGCUACGCCACCAGACUGGCUGGUAGGCAAGAAGUCUACAGCCGGGGUGGAUUGUAUCGGUCCUGCACAGAUGAUUGUAAUGGGGCUGGGUCCUGCGGCCGCAGGUGCAGAGCCACCAGUCAUCCAACUACAAGAGAUCACGCAGCUGUUUGAUAUCGAUCCAGAAAACAUACUGAAUAAGUUCGCAGGAAAGAGCCGGUUCACGCUGGCGAGUGACCGCGGCGUCCGCAAUGCGCUCUGGUUGAUUCCAGAGGCCACUCAUACAGCCUCGCUCCGUCUAGUCUUCCAACCCAUCGCCAACGAUCCUGCCGCCCAAUUUGCAGAAAGCCUCCUGAAGGAAAUUCAAAAAUACAUGAAGGAACUAUCCCUUCCGGUGCCGUCUGUUACUUCCCCGCGGGUAAUUGCCAAGUGUAAAUGGAUCAUGAACCCUCUCCCCCCCGCGGACGAUGUGGAACCUCUCCUGACCGAGUCGGAGCUGAUAUUCACCAUUCCAAUAGAAUUCGAGAUUGUGGAGGGGGGCAAGAAUGCAACAGGCGGAAGAAGCCUCACCCUCGAAACUGCGAUGGUUAUACGUGACACGGACCGGCUGCUCAGUAUCAGCUUUGGCGCUGACGCCGCCGGGGUCUCACUCGGUGAUCUGCUGGCCUUCCUAGCUCGAGCGUUUAAGAUAGAAACUCCUGAGAUUGGAAACCUAUUUCCAGGCGUUUUACUGGACAUGGUACGGCUGCUUCAGGUCUUGGUUGAAUUGAAUGACCUGGAGACAAUCGUCACCUUGGAAUUCCAAGUGCAGUGGGCAUCGUUGACCCUGAAAUGCAUGAUCCAGUACACCCUGACCAACGGUAAAUUCCGCUUUGCGGGUCAUUUAUUUAAUAAAAAUAGACCAGAGUCUCUUCCUGGUCCCUUUUCUUUUAUCCCCUACAUGCCCAAUUACGAACGGUGGACGGUCACUGAGCGACUGGCCACAACGAGCGCCUUGGAGGAUGAGUCCACGACAGCGAACCUCAACACACUUUACCAGGCCCUAACGACCAGUCCAGAGCAGAGACUGGUGGGAGAGGUCAAUGGACUCAAUCCAGGUCCAUUCGAGAUGGAGCUGUUAUGCCUCACUUGGUCGUUCGAGAAACCCCUCAUCUGCUUUGAGGCGCAGGUUGUCUGCCCACCCAUGGACCCAGCUAAGUCCAAGGUGCCUCCCAUCCGCUUCACUGCAGGGCGAUUGAAUCUCCGUUACGACUACGAGCAGCCUGAUUUUGCCACACGUAUUCAGUACUUUGCUAUCGCUGCCACCUUUACCCUUACUGCGCCAGCGGCCAAGAAAGAUGGCGACAAACCGCCAACUGCGCGAUGUGGUGCUCUCGUCGAGUAUGUGGAAAGGGCCUGGAGACUAACUGGCAUGCUGGCGGGCCUUACAGGUGAUCAGCUUUUCAGUCUCUUCGAUCCGGACUGUAACCAGGAGAUGUUAAAUCUGUUGCGCCAUAUAACCCUUGACCUGACGUUGGUGUAUCACUAUAGUUCUGGUGUGGGCUCGACGUUUACCGCAGAUGGCAGGUUACGCAUUGGCCAGCUCAAGUUCGAUUAUGGCUACCAUCAUUAUGGGGAUCGUAAAUGGGAUUUUUCGGGGUCCAUCUGUAUUGGCGAGCAGAAUACAACCCUAUUCUCGAUUGCACAAUCACUGUUUGGAAUUAACCCACAGUCUCUACCAAGCUGGGUCGCCUCAAUCGCCAUCGUAUCACCACUCAGUGAGGUGCAAACGAUGGAUGGCUUCGACGCAUUGGAGGACAAGAAGAAGGACUUUGCGUCCUUCUGUAUUGUCCAAAAGGACGAUUAUCUUGUCUCUUUAUUCCGCUGCAAGCUUACCGACAACUCGACUGUGGCCUUCUACCAAGUGCAGAAAAAGAGGGAAAAUCCCACUGCACUGGCGACAACGGCCCCAAAACGAGUGCUCGUGUUAUCAGUGGCCGGGAUGCCGUCGAUCAAGGACGUACCCAUGGUCGGUACUAUCCAUGCCCCGUUUGACGAAAUGGCCUUCGCUUGGGUUCUAGAUGGAAACGAGCCCUCGACUGGCUUUACUCGCGCUGAGAUGAAAGUUCUGUGGAGCUGUUUGGCGGACCAUCCCGAUUUCCCACCGCUGCAUUGCCACGACAAUGUAAAGGAGACAACGAGCGAUACUCAAGGGAAAGAUAAGGCUGGUAAGACUGACCAAGAUGUGUUACUGUCCCCAGGAUUCCAUUUCAUCAUCAGCCUGGAGUCCAAGGUGAUCCUGGACUACGUGUUUGGAGGCCCAGACUCUAAGCCCAGUUCAAAAGACUCGCAGUCCGGACCUCAAGGAGAGGAACUUGUACGGGCGACAUCAACCACACCUGUGAACAAGAAAUUUGGCCCUCUUACUGUCAUGGGCUUUGGGAUAGACUUCGAUCUUCCAACACGUACGCUAUCCUUGACAAUCGAUGGCACACUCAAUCUUGGCCCCAUUGGCUUUACCAUGUUAGGGUUUGGAGUCUCGUUAGCCUUCACAGAGAAUACUACUCUACGUACCCUGGGAGGCCUCAAGCCGACCGUUGUGCUGCGGGGACUAGGGGCCUCCCUAAGUACCGAUCCUCUAACGUUAGCCGGCCUUCUUGAGCACGGCAAGACUGCGCAGGGAGAUUACUACCAAGGUGCAGCGGCGGUAGGAUUCGCACCAUAUGUGUUCCGUGCGUCAGGGUACUAUGGGCAACACACACACAAGAAGGAAAAGGAUACUGCCUCUGGGAAUCUCAUUGCUUGUGAGGUAGAGGAGGAUUUCCUGCUCCUCACUGCUGAGGAAGUGGAAGAAAAAUAUACGGCCUUCCUUGCGUAUUUCUCCCUAGAUGGGCCACUGUUCACGAUUGGAUAUGCCGAAAUUCGCGGCCUCACAGGAGGAUUCGGAUAUAAUACCACCAUCACCAUGCCCACAAUCGACAAGGUCCUUUCGUUCCCAUUCCUCAACGUCCCCCCUACCUCAGACACCAAGGAGGCACAGGGCGCCCUGAUGGGGAGUGGAUGGUUUGGGGUUCGCGAGGGGUCCUUCUGGGUCGCAGCUGGCCUCACCGUCCUCGCCUUUGAAAUCCUGGCUGUGAGUGCCGUGGUGGUAGUACAAUGGAAUCCUGCGGUGACACUAGGCAUCUACGGUGUUGCCACAGCCGAGAUGCCCAAAGGACGUUCAGCAAAACACAAGUUCGCCUGCGUGCAAUUAGCCCUCGCUGCCACUGUCGACGUCAAUGCCGGUAUCCUCACGAUAGAUGGGCAGCUUACACCCGCGUCUUAUGUGCUAGAUCCAAAAUGCCAUCUCACAGGUGGCUUUGCCUUGUACAGCUGGUUUGGGUCCGGGGUGCCUGCCCUUCAGGGAAGCUGGGUCUUCACGGUGGGUGGCUUCCAUCCCCAAUUCAAGGCUCCGUCGCAGUAUCCAUCGCCACCACGGUUGGGAAUCAGCUGGAGUUUCAGCGAGGAAAUCAGCAUCACCGGAGAGGCCUAUUUUGCUAUGACGCCAAAGGUGUGCAUGGGAGGCGGACGGCUGCAUGUAACCCUCUCCGUUGGCGCCCUAAGUGCCUACUUCGACGCCUACGUCGAUUUCCUGAUCCAGUAUCGUCCAUUCCACUUUCAAACUCAGGGUGGGCUCGCUGUUGGUGUACGUUAUACUCUUGAUUUGUGGUUGGUAUCGAUCCCAAUCGCAGUGGAUAUUAGCUCCACGCUGUAUCUCGAAGGGCCCCCUGUGGCUGGCCGUGUGCACGUUGACUUCUGGGUCUUCGGCUUCGACAUCCACUUUGGCGCACAGGGAGUCAGAUCCCAAGCAUUCAUCGAUCUGGAGGAGUUCUACCAGCUGGUCUUGCAGGCGGAUUCCAAACCACCAGCACUACUACUCACGGCAAACUCGAAAUCCGACGCGUUGCCAGUCCCGUACCUCUUUUCAUGCACAAGCGGUCUGAUCCCAACGCAAGAGCAAUCCCUCACUCCCACCACAAGGAAUGCGCCAUGGACCGUCCGCGGGGCUAUCUUCGCAUUCAGCGUUUCAUGCAAGUUCCCUUUUGACCAUGCCAAAGUGAUCACCGAGUCCACGGGCACAUCGGCUUCCGUUCCUUUACAACAAGCGGAGGAUAUCUCCUCCCGGCCAAUGGGACUGCCCGACAAAAUGAAUAGCUCUUGUGUCACAAUUACUAUUAGUCGCUUGCCAACCGCUAGCGAUUUUGACCCUCAAGACGACGAACCGACGUGGGACAAGAAAACGCUCUCUUCCUCAACAAGUGCGCUCCCUGCGGCACUCUGGAGUAAAUAUACGCCUGGAGAAGACCUCCUUAAUGGCGCAUCCAGCUCUACAGUCACUCUCAACACGACUGUCAACCUCCACGCACCCGGUGAGAAGCUUUCGGAUGACAACAUUGCCAAGUUCUCCACAGAGAAGACCAUGGGGCAGUCAGCGGCCGAAACACCAUUUCCUAACUCUAGUGCUGCCAAUAAACGUUGGUAUCCAGACUGUGCUGCGAAAACUCCGGCAGAACAGUUCAAGAACGUGCUGGGAACCUGGAAGCAUCCAGAGCUGGGUCCUUGCGCAGCACAGAGGGCUUUACAAUCCUGGGCAACGUUAUUGGGAAGAGCAGCGUCCGAUUUAAACGCCCAGCCACCAUGUGAAUUAAUGGAGACACUGAAUCAGGUUUAUACCGAAGCUCCCCGGAUGACUUUGGUGGUUUGA